AUGGUUACGGCACCAAAAGCUGGGGAAACGUUGCAAAUGUACCUAGCAGCCUCCGAAGAAACAAUAAGUGCGGUGUUAGUGGCUAACAGAAAGGAAGGUCAGCAGCCAAUAUACUAUGUCAGCAGGGUAUUGCAAGGCCCAGAAGUAAGGUAUCCAGAAAUCGAAAAAUUAGCACUAGCGCUCAUUCAUGCAGCCAGAAGGCUACGACGCUAUUUCCAGGCGCAUCCGAUAGAGGUGCUCACUGAUAAACCGAUAAGACAAGUCUUGACAAAGCCAGAAGUCUCAGGAAGACUGGCGAAAUGGGCGAUAGAAUUGGGAGAGCAUGAAGUAGAAUUCAGACCGAGGAAUUCGGUGAAAGGCCAAAUCCUCGCAGAUUUUUUAGCAGAAACCCCACCUCAAAGGUGCGGCGAGAAACGCAAGAUGUUACCGCAAGCUAAAAAAGCAGAAGUCGGAAGAGAGGAACAACACCAAGAAACUUGGAAAUUAUUCACGGACGGAGCCUCAAGUGCCGAUGGCUCCGGAGCCGGUUUGAUCUUAACCAAUCCAGUUGGGCAAGAAUUCACGUAUGCGUUACGUGUCGAAUUCAAAGCUUCGAAUAAUGUGGCAGAAUAUGAAGCAUUGUUGGCUGGUCUUAGAAUCGCCAAAGAAAUGAAAGUUGAGCACUUAAAUGCUUGUGUAGAUUCCCAAAUCGUUGCCUUCCAAGUUGAUGGGACAUAUGAGGCCAAAGAGCCGAUUAUGAAGAAUAAGUUGGCCUCUACUUCCUUCGCGCACCUCACGAAGGAAGUCUUGGUGGAAACAUUAGCAAAAAGCUCAAUUGAAGCAGAAGUCCUUACCGCGGCCAUCGAGGAAGAAGGAGAUACCUGGAUGAGUCCCAUAGUGGAAUACCUAACAAGUGGAAUACUCCCGGAAGAUAGAGACCAGGCCAGAAAGAUAAGAGUCAAGGCACCUCAUUAUGUGCUCAGAGAAGAAGGUUUAUACCGAAAAUCAUACAUGGGUCCCUUGUUGAGAUGUAUAGGCCCAAGACAAGCCGUCAAAGUAAUCAGAGAAAUACACCAUGGAGCCUGCGGCUUACAUUCCGGAGCAAGAAUGGUAGUUGCAAAGAUAAUCACGAUGGGUUACUAUUGGCCCUCCAUGCACAGAGACACAGUAGCAGAAAUUCAAAAAUGUGAUUCAUGUCAAAUACAUGCUGCAACUCCAAAAGCACCCAAGAAUGAACUCAUUCCAGUAACAUCAGCAUGGCCGUUCUCGAAAUUGGGAAUUGACAUCGUGGGACCUUUCCCACCAGCAUCAGGAAAAGUUAAGUUUUUAGUAGUGGCAAUUGAUUACUUUACAAAAUGGGUAGAAGCAAAACCCUUAGCCACCAUCUCCGGAAAAAACAUGGAAAAGUUUGUGUGGGAACAAAUCAUAACAAGGUUUGGGAUCCCUAAGACAAUAGUCAGUGAUAACGGCAAACAAUUUUGCCAAGGUGUUUUCCCAACCUUUUGCAGGAAUUUAGAAAUCCAACAAUGCUUCACAUCCGUGGCCCAUCCACAAGCCAACGGACAGGUGGAAGUAACAAACAAGCAAAUCGUGCACGGGAUAAAGACAAGACUAGGAAGGAGCCAAAUUGGUUCGGUAGAAAAGCUUCAUCAGGUUUUAUAG